AUGGUUUCUCGUUUGUCGGACAUGUUCGGCUGGAUGGCGUCCAUGGGAAAUGUGUCGACAGCUGCCUGUCGCUGUUUUCCUGGAGACGCGUGCUGGCCAUCGACAGUCCAAUGGAACGAUUUCAACAGCAGCAUUGGAGGAAAACUAAUUGCCUCCGUGCCAUUGGCAGCCCCUUGCCACGAGAAUGGCGCCUUUGCAGCCUGGAAUACAGAAGAAUGCGCUGCUCUCCAGGACAAUUGGUUCCUGCCAGACACUCAUUUAGCAUCGUCCUCGUCGCCCAUGUCGUAUCUGUUCACAAACAACAGCUGCAACCCAUUCCUGACCAAAGAAACCAACUGUACAUUGGGGAACCUGGUCACUUAUGCAGUCAAUGCAACCAGUGCGACGGACAUACAGCAAACCCUCGCCUUCGCCCAAGACCACGAUAUCCGGCUGGUUAUUCGAAAUACGGGCCACGAUUAUAAUGGCAAGUCGACUGGGGCCGGAGCACUCGGACUGUGGCUUCACCAUCUGGAUUCACUCGAGUACGUGUCUGAGUACAGCUCUCCGUCCUACUCCGGCCCAGCCAUAAAAGUGGGCGCCGGUGUAUCGAUCUAUGAAGCUUACAAGUAUGCCGAUGAGCACAACGGUAUUGUCGUAGGGGGAAAUUGUCCCACGGUUUCGCUGGCCGGUGGUUAUACCCAGGGAGGAGGCCACGGUCCACUCGCAUCGAAAUACGGCCUGGCCGUUGACCAAGUGCUCGAGUGGGAGGUGAUCACUGCCGACGGAUCGUUUUUCAAAGCAUUAUCGACGCAUCAUUCCAGCCUCUACUGGGCUCUCAGCGGGGGUGGCGGCGGCACAUAUGGUGUCGUUGUCUCGUUGACAGUCAAAGUCCACCCGCAAGAGGCUGCUGCCGCUGCAGCGAUGUCCUUUGCAAUACAGAAUACCUCGACGGGCGCAGACGAUUUUUGGACCGCAGUCACCACGUUUGUCGAGUCGUUGCCUAGCAUGGUUGACACGGGCUUGCAGGUCGGAUGGAUGCUUGUGCCUGGCGCCUUUAUAGUUUCAUCAGCCUCUGGCCCAGGAAUAUCCCAGCAGACUAUCGACGGGCUUUUCGAAAAGACGAUUCUACCGCUCAAAAAGGCCGAGAUUCCUUACCAGUACAGCUCGCAGCCAUUUCCCACUUGGCUUCAGAGCUACGAGGCCUUCAACCUGCCGUCAGCAAACGUCUCGAAUGCAAUUAUGGGAAGUCGACUGAUCCCUCGCUCUGUGGUCGAGGACCAAACACAGAAUCUUAUAUCUGCGCUUCAAACCAUUGUCCAGCACAACUUUGUCGCCGUUGGGAACUCAAUGACCGUUGCCAGCCAAAAGUCAUCCGACGUGUCUGUCAAUCCAUACUUGCGUCAAACAAUAGUGCAUCUGAGUCUCGGCACAUACUUCAACUACCAAGAUUUUGCGUCCAAUCUGCAAAACCAGGACAUCAUGACCAACACGCUGAUCCCGCUGCUGGCUGCCCUGACUCCAAACGGGGCAGCAUAUUUGAAUGAAGCCGACUUUCAGCAGCCGGACUGGCAGUCGGUGUUUUAUGGGGCGAAUUACGACUUGCUGGAUAAGGUUAAAAGUGAGUACGAUCCGCUAGACUUGUUCUAUGCGUUGGGUGCAGUGGGUAGUGAUCGAUGGGAAGAGUGA